CCCUGGGCGGCGGAAGUGCUCUCCUUUUGCGUCGAGAACCCGCAGCCAUGGUGAGUGCUCGGGCUUCGGGUCGGUGGAGCAAUCCGUAGCCAUCCGCGGCGGCGGCUCCGCCGGGCGCGGCGCUUUCGGGGCCGGGGGCGCGGGAGACGCCGCUCUUCCGUGGGGCGGGGAAAUGGGGCGCGGAGGCGCCGCGGCGGGGCUCUCUCGCUCUUGGGGGGGGGCGCCAGCAUGCGCAGUGCGGGCCGCAGGGAAAAAGGCCGCCGGCCAGACGUGCUCUCUAAAGCGAUCGCUUGGGAAGGGCCGGGGGAACUGCCUGCCACUGAACUAGGGCGCAGCAGCGAGGCUAGAUCUGGCUGGGGGGGGGGGGUUGCCCUAACGGAGAAGGGAGCCAAAGGAUGCUCGACUAGAAACUAAAUGGGAAUCAAUUAAAACGGGAGUAACUGAAGAGCUGGGUGCGGGUUCAUAGAACAGGGGCGGCUGGAAGGGGCCCGAGGGUCAUCUAGUCGAGCCCGCCGCAUUGCGAGAAUGAUCUACUUAAACAUCCGGGCAAAUUCGAACCCACGCCCUUUGCCUGCUUCCCCCCCCCCCCCCCCUCAGGCUCGAGGACCCAAGAAGCACCUGAAACGGGUGGCAGCCCCCAAGCACUGGAUGCUGGACAAGCUGACGGGAGUCUUUGCAAGUAUCUUUUUUCCAACUUUGUAUAAAAGGAGAUAGGGAAAAAGCAUAUUUAUAUUUCCUUUUACAACCCUUUUUAAACGGGGAGCCUUGCAUUUUAGGCAUUAGUUUGCACCUGGGCUUCUUCAUUAAAUGCCUUAACCUUAGUUUUGUUUCCUUAUUUACAUAUUAGAUUCCUUGUGGUGGUUUAUUAAAUCUGUAUUAAAUCUAUAAAUUCCUUAUGAUGGUUUAUUGAAUUUCUAAUCUAUAAAUUCCUUGUGGUUUCUUAUUAAAUCCCACCGUUCAUCCUGGGAUAGUUUAUAGCAGAAAAAUGCAAAAUUAAACACAGUGCAUAACAACAAGAACUGAUAAUCAGUAACAGAGAAACUAACACAACAUUAUACUUCAAAAUAACGGAAAUGUAGAAAAUAAAGGAUCUUGGGGAAGGAUAAGUUGGGGAGUCUGUUGAACAUUGUGACAAAACAACAAAGGGAUGUAAAAUAUCAUCUGGGAAAAUGCAUGCCACCCUGUAACCUUCCCUUUCCCUUUUGGGGUUCUAGGCACCACGCCCGUCAACGGGACCCCACAAGUUGCGUGAGUGCCUCCCGCUUGUGAUUUUCCUCCGCAACCGGCUCAAAUAUGCCCUGACAGGCGACGAGGUCAAGAAGAUCUGCAUGCAGCGCUUUGUCAAGAUUGACGGCAAGGUUCGCACCGACGUCACCUACCCGGCGGGCUUCAUGGGUAAGGCCCUAGAUUUCUAGCAGCGGGGUUUGAAAUGCCAGAUUUCCAGCGGUGGGGCAUUCCGCACAGCGGAAAACGGGUUUAUGCAGUGGUUGCACCACACUGGCAUCCCGUCGUAACUCCCGCCCUUUCUCCCUGCAGAUGUCAUCAGCAUCGAGAAGACUGGCGAGCACUUCCGCCUGGUGUACGACACCAAGGGGCGCUUUGCCGUGCACCGCAUCAGCCCUGAGGAGGCCAAGGUGAGAAUUGAUUUGAAUCCUUUUCUUACCAAAAGACUCAGCCUUGCUGGCAUCUUAAGGUGGACAACUAGAGGAAGGAACAAUAAAUGCUCGGAGUGGUUUCGUGAUUUAAGUCACGAUUUAAAUCCCUCGUGAGUUAGACUGGGUUCAAAUCCCUUUUUUACAGAAAUACUCGGCCUUGCUGGCAUUCUCUUAAUAUUGACAAAAUGACUGAUUUCCCCAUUCCUCCUGGCAGUACAAGCUGUGCAAGGUGCGCCGCAUCCUGGUGGGCACCAAGGGCACCCCCCGCCUGGUGACUCACGACGCCCGCACUAUCCGCUACCCGGACCCCCUGGUCAAGGUCAACGACACUGUCCAGGUCGACCUGCAGACAGGCAAGAUCACCGACUUCAUCAAGUUCGACACAGGUGACGGUUCCUCUGAGCGUGUCAAGAGCGCCAGAAUUCUUCCCCAAUGGGGGGAGAUGGGCAGACUUCCUCUGGCCCUGGAAGCUCCCUUCCGGAGCACCCCCAUUUUUGGAAGCAUAUAUAUAUUUCUGUCCCCCCUGCCCAGUCCCAAUUCCGCCUUCUGACCCUUUCCCUCCCUCUUCUCCCCAACAGGCAACCUCUGCAUGGUGACAGGGGGCGCCAACUUGGGGCGCAUCGGGGUGAUCACCAACAGAGAGCGUCAUCCCGGAUCCUUCGACGUGGUCCACGUCAAGGACAGCACAGGAAACAGCUUCGCCACCAGGCUCUCCAACAUCUUUGUCAUCGGCAAGGUGGGUGCUUUUUAUUUAAUAUUAUUUCAAAUUUUCCUGGAAUUUAUUAAGACCUCUUCACCCCCCGAGAUGCAUAGAAUACCACCCAACGUUCAAAACCAUGGAAAAGCUUCCAUGGUUUUGAACGUUGGGUGGUAUUCUAUGCCUUGCGGCUUGCUCCUAUUUUUUUUUUUUUUUAACUAAAGCAAUAAUCCAUUCACACCAGCAAAUAAUAAUUAAACAUUUGCGCUUAUCGAUUAUAAGGAAGAAUAGGAAUUUAUGGCAUCAUCUCCAGAAUGUGAGAUCCAUGUUGAUUGAGGGCUUCCUAGACAGGAACCCCACCGGUCGUCUAGUCUGAUCCCAUGCAAGGCAGGAAGAAAACCUAUUUUAUGUCAUAAACCAAAAAUCUGGCCCUCUUGCCUAUUUCCCUCUUUGCAGAAGUUCCUUGCCCAACCUCCAUUUCAGCCCCUUGUGUCCUAGUUUUAUAUUAUUGCAAACAAGACAUUAGUUGUGCGACACUGUGUGGAUGGAUUGAGGGUGCCGACUUCCUUGAAUAUUUCUGGUGGAUCUCGUAGAUAGAAAGCUUUGAAAUUUUGGGAGGUUGCAGAGGUUACCAUGGAAUGUUUUUUUUUAAAGUUAUUGUUACGUGAAGAAAUUUUGAUGAGAUCUUUUGUGGUUUAUAUUUUGCUUUUGCAAUAAAUCCAGGGGAACAAGCCGUGGAUCUCUCUGCCUCGUGGGAAGGGCAUCCGCCUCACCAUUGCCGAGGAGCGAGACAAGCGGCUGGCAGCCAAGCAGAGCAGCGGGUGAAGAUGCACAUGGAAACCCGAUUGGGACUAGACACUCUUGGUUUUAUAGUCUUGCAUCUAGUCAACUCCCCUGAGGUUUCAAGGGUUUGUUUUCCAUCAAGUGGCUUAUGCCUUUUAGGAACCAAAUAAAGAAAUUACAAAAAUAGUCAUUUGGAGGGAUUCAUUACUUAAUUUCCUGAGAUUUGUAGCCUGCUGGAUUGUCAAAAGCGAUUCGCAAGGAGGUAAUAUGGGGAAAAGGAGGAAAACCCACCCCUAUGAAAGUUAAAAGGCCUCAAAAUGAAUUAAAAUUAAUCUCAGGGUUAGGCUUCUCCGAAGGGGAAUCUUUGGCGCAGGUGCUGAAAAGAAAGAUCUCCAGAGCUGGUGAGCCACCUGCCCUAAAUAUGAGGCAGGGAGUUCCAAAGGGCAGAUGACCAGGUACAAAUGCCUCAAUUGUAUAAACAGAAGCAACGUACACAGGCUAAUACAUUGGCAGGUUUAUAAGAAUACUUGUAAUUUGAUUAUGAAUGGACAAUAAGUAUUUCAAACGGUUAAAACUUUAUAAUGGACAUGUAGUACAUUGCUAUACAAUAGAACCAAGGAAGGGUU